AUGGAGAUAUCCUCCGACGAGGAGGUAGGGGGGCCACCUGCCCCAAAGGCGACUGGGGUGAGCCUCGCGGACCGGGUCAACAGCUUCAGUUGGACCCCUCCUUAUAUUGCCCCAGAGGGGAAGUGGUCAAGCCCUCAGGCCCUGAGCCACAACAACCGCAACUACUGCGAGUACUGCAUGGUCUGCGGGAAACACGCGACGGAGGCUCAUUUAAUGUCCGACAGCCACAAUCACCACAUGAAGUCGUGGAUCGCCAGGAACCGCCCUGGUUUGAGGCUUCUACCGGACAGGCUUUCCGAUCCCGAAAGGAUCGAUAUGAUGAUCCAGCUUCGUAUGCCGGACUUGGCCGAGCCCGAGAUCAAGAAGGCGAGGGAGCUAGUUCUCCGACUGGCUUGGUUCAGCAACCAACCGGCGAAGGCGAGUGCCUCAACUUUGCCGCCAGAGGACAACUCGGAAGCCACAGCCAAAUCCAGCAAUGCACUUCCGGGAAUCUGGGCGGAACCAUCAGAGCCUCCGCGAGCAGUGGAACGCCGUGUGCUUCCAACAGAGCGAGAGACACGACGGGUGAAGGCCAGGGGGCGGCCUUGGCCAGACACUCUGCGACUCCAGCAGCGCUCGACCCAACAACUGGAGGGAGCGCGGGCAUUAACUCCACUGAGCGAGGGAGUGGCAGCUCAGGCCGUUUUCACCUCACCUGUCAAGACACCACCAGGGUGGACGCCUCCGAAUUCGCCUACGGACUCGGAGAACUGGGGUGGCUGGAAGCCAGCUCAGGCUGGCCGCGGGGAUGUGCAGCCAAAGACACCACCCAAGUCGGUGGAUCCGAAGGGGCUCGGGUCUAUGAUGCCCAAGACGCCGCCCAAGACGGCGCCAUUGGAGGCACCUGCGGAGGAGGACACCGAGAUGGCGGAGGACACAGGGAUGGAGGAAGAAGCGCCAUCGCCACCCAAUGUGUCGCCGAGUGUGCCGCCUCCGGCACCUCCGCCACCACCGGUUUCGGCUCCACCAACAUAUUCGUGGGUGCCGCGCAGCUACCCACCUCCGGGUGCAGUGCUGAGUUCGCCCAGCAGAAGCAGACUCCUGGAGGAUUGCAGCGGAGAUGGCCACAGAAUCUCGGCGAGUGCGUCCGCGCACCGCAUUGCCGAUCCCACCUCCUGCUCCUACCGUGAGCCGGCCUACUUCAAGCCCAACGGGGAGUGUUCUGGGUCCACCACUGGCACCACCGCCGGCACCUCCAUCGGGAAUGUGGGUUAUCAACCCGCCGCCACUUCCGCCAAGGAGAUCUUCUCGCAGCCCGACCCCGUAAUCGUCUCACAGCUUUCGAAGCCCGACGCCAUGAAUAAUGGCCUUUUUGCUUUGCCAACGCACCAGCAUGCAUGGAAACAUUCUAGAGUGCACGCUUCGUGUGAGUUCUGCGGUCAGCCAUGUUCAGUUUUCAGUUCCGCUGCUGUUGUUGCCCCGUUGCAGGAAGAGGACCCCCUCAACCAGAAGAAUCACAACAAGGAGCCCAAUACGCAACCAGAGGGUCCGGCCGGUUUGGGUUUAGCAGCAGGGCAGGGAGAGCUGAUCAUAUCACAAGAUCCGGAGACACGCCGUGAGCUGCACAAGCGCCUGUCACAUGUCUCUCAGGGUCACGUGCCAUACUGGGCGAGCUGUGAAGCUUGCAACAGAAGCCGAGGGCUGACGCCAGCCCGCAUGCGAAGUGACAGACCCGAUAAAGAGUAUCAGGUAGAUCAGUUCAUGUAUCGCUCAAGGUGCUUUAUUACUCUAGUGCAUGUGCUUGCUUUUGCGAUUGGAGUGACGUUCCGACCAGAAGGGAUGAGUGGACGCGAAUCAGCCGGGCAUCUCGAGCCGUGGCUAGCUCAUUUUGGGUUAGGCCAUAGCGCUGGUCCUAAGCCCUCCUUCUACUCAGAUCCGGAACCGCUGACCAUCAGCAUUGCACAGGCCCUAGCGGAACGGUAUGAGGGACACAGUGAAAGUUUUGCUCCGGAGCGCCACGCUCCCGUUGCUGAACGAGCAGUGCGAACCUUGAAAGGGAUUGUGUCUUCUCACGAAUUACAACUCCGUGAAACUGGUGUUGUCCUCGGAGAUGAUCCGGGUACUUUAGAGUUUCUUUUUAGAUACGCGGCACACGUGCACAAUCGAUUUGCAGUGUCGGUCGGGAACACCAUGUCUCCUUUGCAGAAGCUGCGGGGCCACGACCACAAGCCCCAGUUGACCUAUCCCUUCGGGGCUGUCGUUUUCGCAAAGGUCAGCCGUUCUAGCAAAGAGGAAGUUGAUACCAAGUAUGCCCGUGGGGUGUACCUGGGUCCUGUGCUUGGUUCUACCGGGCACCAGGUGCGUAUCCGGCUGGAUUCUGGAGAAACCAAGUUGAUUGUUGCGCCGGGUCUGAAGUUGCUCUACCCUCUUCGAUACGAUGCUUCGUUGCUUGACGGUGCCAGGCCUCUGGAAGGCUUUGUGCCACCUUUGGAUGAGGAGCGCUUUCGCGAGCUCCACCUUCCCUAUUUGCCGGGAGGGGGACCCUCCAAAGAAUGGAUCCGCGAGCACGGCGGCACCCCUAAGUGCCCCGGAUGCUCCGAAGAGGCCACGUCCUGUCGCCAUUCAAUAAAGUGCGUCCGGCGCUACCAGCGGUGGCUCCGAGAUGCUGUGGACAACGCUCUUGAAGAGCUUGGUCGGGACCCUCCGCCCGCUCAAGGCCCACCGGCCAAGCGGGUUCGAUUCGGUGAUUCGGAAGUUCGUGAGUUUCCGGCGCCCUCGGCGCCCUCAGAGCAAGAAGUAGAAGUACCACAGAUCAGUGCGGAGGCCAACGACCAUCUUAGUGACUACGAGCCCUCGUUGCCCUCCGAGGACGAGGGAGAGGAUGAUCUGAUGGGUGUCGCCGAGGCACCGAAGGAUGAUUGCCCCGCGAUUCGGUUAUUGGAGGAAAUGUGGGCUUGCGGCUGCGUCCGCUACGUUCCUACUCCCUUGACCGCGUGUGAUGUGUAUGAUUUGCAAGCGUUUUGCUCGUUGCUUGUCGACGGCCGCUCCUCUUGCGAUAAGCCUCGGAGUUCCUACGACGACGUCGAUGGAAUUCAGCUAGACAACAAAGAGAGCUGGGAAGGAAUGAAGACUGAGGUCAAGGCCGUCGACUCUUUGCAAGUCGGCCUCCUUCGUUCCAGGUCUGAAGUUGAUCGCUACCAGGAAGAGAACCCAGAGUGCCGCGUGAUAAAGUCACGGCACCUCGGUAAGAUUAUGGUCGGCCUGGGCCUCAAAGCCUCGCCGCUCGAGCCCACGCUCUUUAGUGGAUGGGUUCAGCUCGGAAAGAAGUGGACGUAUAUCAUCGCCCUAGCUUAUGUGGAUGAUUUAUUGAUCGUCUCCGACAGCCAAGAGGGGGUUGAGUUUAUCCACAAGUCCCUGAGUGCGGUUCUAAAGGUAAAGGUCACCGGAAGGCUCCAUGAAGAUGGCCAACUUGAGUUUUUAGGACGGCUUAUCAAGCUAGAUGGGAACAACAUCACCCUUGGGGUGAAACCUGAGUACGUGCGUUCAGUCUUCUCUGCCUUUGGGUGGACCGAGAAGGACCUGGCUAAGGUCAAACCUGUGGCCACAACCCCCGACAUUAGGGCUUUAUAUGAUGCUGAGGACCCUGAAUCCCCAUCGCCCUCUUUGUCUCCAGAAGCCGCGGGUAGGUUCAGGUCCUGCCUUGGGAAGAUUGGUUGGUUGACCCAGACGCGCACUGACAUCACAUAUUUCCACUCUAUGCUUUCGAGAGGGCAAGCUGCACCAAGGAUGGUGCACGAGGAUGCGCUAAGGAAAUUUCUUCGGUGGUUGGUCGGUUGUCCGUUGCUUGAUCAGGUCUUUCCCGCCGGGAGCGGGGAAACUUUGGAAGAAGAGGGUGCCACUUUGGUGGCGUUCUGUGAUAGCAACUGGGGCAGUGAAAGUAGCACCGGGAGGAAGAGUACUAGCGGUGGGGUUAUCUACGUAGUGGCCGGUUCCCUGUGGUAUUGCGUAAAGGGCUACAGUAGGCUACAAACCGUAGUUGCCUUAUCCGAACUCUUUGCCAUUGCCGAGGCCGCUAAGGAAAUUGCCGGUUUAGGUCAGCUGGCUUCUCACAUUUGGGGCGAGAUCGCCAAGCCCCUCGCUAUCUACACCGACAGCGCAUCUGCUCGCCAGAUUGCCGGGAUGGUCAUUGAUCACAUAGCACGAGAUCCCUCCUACGGGGACCGCCUCGCAGCCAGCUUGUGGCAGCACUUAGAAGCAGCUGACUUCUUCGUCUCUGCACUGGACAUUUUGCCUCGAGCAGGUGGCCUUUCCCUUGAGACCUUUUGGCGGGACGACCUGCAGUGGGAUGAUGACCACUGGUGCUUUGUGCACCACAGCAGUGGUGCCCCCAAGGAGGCCGGUCUGCUGACUUGCAUCUCCAAGCGUUUAGCCACCCCGGAGGGCAUUAGGCAUAGCUCCAUCAUCGCAGGUAGAUUGCAACACUUGCGGAUCACACCCAAAGCAGGACAUCAACCUAUCGACCUUCUUCAUGCAUAUCAGUUCGCCUGGCAUCGCCGCAAACAGGACAGCAAGACCGACUGGUGGCAGGAUGCCAUGCGCCGCAGGGCUCAGUUCUUGCAGAAGCUGUGUGGCUCUCUUAGGUCGCUCCCACGUCGCAACCUUUUGUGCCUCACAGGUGACCUGAACACCCAGCUCGCAUCAUGCAAAGGAGUAGUUGGUCUUGGCAUCCCUAGUACCCCUCCCCCGCAACAAGACGGUCAGGAGCUGCUUCACACGUUGUGCACAUUUGGGCUGGUGGCGACCAACACCUUUGGUCAGGCACCCGGCGCAACAUUUGUCAAUCCAGCCACAAAUGCCCAAACACUGAUUGAUUACAUUAUUCUGCGUGGGGCACAUGCUGACGGCACCAGCCUAGCCAGCGGACCGGUGCAGGAUUGGCCGGUGGCCAUGGGCCGACUGGGCUCUCGACACAUACCGGUCCGAGGCUCUUUUCCUUUCACGUGGUGUCCCUGGGUGCACUCUCGUCCCAAGCAUCUGACUUUGAAGCCUAGGUCCGUUUGGGAAGCAGUUCGAAACAAUCCCGAACGACAACAAGCCUUUCGUGACAAGCUGAGGGCCACCCUACCCCAUAGACCCACCAUUGCUGACAUUGAUCGAUGCUUGACUCAGGCCUGGACUCAUAGCCAACCGGCGGGAGCACGGAGCACCCUUGCGCCAGCCGAGACGGCUGCUACUGUGCCGGCCGAAGCCACAGCCGUACGCACUCUCUGGCAAUUGCGCAACGAACGAGAUGCGCUGACCCACAGGCCACCUGCCUACUGCCUGCGUGCAGCCUUCACGGCAUGGAGGCUUGAUCAUCAGAUCCGUACACUUGAGCGCACGGUCGUUGCUGAGCGCCGCGCUCGCAAGAAGGCCUUUCUUCUCGAGCAAACCGCUUUGGCGGAGCGGGCGUCACAGCAGGGCCAGCUAUCUGCAUUGUAUCGUGUGGUGAACCGCCUUGCUCCUCGCAAGGUCAAGGCGCGGUUGCAAAUCCGAGAUCCCGAGGGAAACCUUCAGGAUCCCCAGGCGGAAUGCAACACACUGCUGCAAUACUUCAGGGAUCUUUUCGCUUCUUCGAGGGCUUGCCCGACACAGGUCUUCGAUUGCAGUGUUCAACUCUUCGACGCAGGCAUGUGCACAUCGGCCCUUGCGUCUCUGUCAGCUUUGAAGGCCGUGCAUCCUUCGGCUUCGCCUGGAGUUCUAUGGAAGCUUGCUGCACAAGAGGUGGGCCCUGUGCUUAGUGACUGUCUCAAUGCUGCGUUUUCGAACAUACCCCACAUGCUUCCCAUGCCCAUUAGGCGGGUCUCGCUUUGUCUUUUGCCGAAACCCACCAAAAAGUCACAACAGCCAUCGGAUACUCGCCCAAUCAGCAAAGUACACGCGAUCAUGUUGUCAGAGCUCAUUGCACCGUAUCUCCAACAUUACAUUGCUGAUGUCCCUCAGUAUGCAUACGUGAAGGGGCGAUCAACUGUGGAAGCGAUGCAUCGUGUGGUGUCACACUUUUACAGUGUCCGGGCGGCAGCCCCCACCAGAGAGCGCAUGGUACAACGACGACGCGACUCAACCUCCAGAGCUCAAUGCGUGGGCGGGGUCACAUUCUCUUUGGAUGUGGCCAAAGCUUUUGACUCCCUUCCCAGAACGAUGAUUGCUGCUGGUAUGCGUGAUGCCAUGAUACCUGAGCCCAUUGUUCAACAGGUCCUUGCCAUCCAUUCCCAGCUUCUUGUUGAGCUUGACCAUUGUGGUCUCAAAGCCUCUUGUGCUACCUCUCGGGGGGUUCGUCAGGGGUGUCCAUUAUCCCCUGCAUUAUGGGCGCUCGCGACAGGCUAUGUGUACCGCCAGCUACUUGCAACUCUGGGGCCCCAAGCAUCAGAAAUACUCACCAUUUAUGCUGACGACCUGAUAGCACAGUGGAUGAUUCGCACAUCCUCGGACCUUACCGACUGCCUUGCUCAAUUGCACAAGCUGGUUAAAAUUUUACGUUUUCAUGGCAUGGAGGUCAGUGACACCAAGAGUGUGAUUCUCUACCAGUUGCAUGGCACACAGGCUGAGCGAACCAUGGGCAAACUUCGGUUCAAAGACAAAGGUGUCUCCAAACUGCGGGUGGCACCCGACUGCGCUUUUCCGAUUGCUAGGAAACACCCAUAUCUCGGCAUCAUCCUCAGCUACGGAGCCCUGGAAUCUCACAGCAUCGCCCACCGGUACAAUCGGGCGGGGCAGCUUUUCUCCAGGCUUCGACAAGUGCUCAGCGCCAGACACCAUCUCAGUCGCCACACCAGGCGGCGGUUGUGGCUGUCGACGGUCUGGCCAUGCCUGAAAUACGGGAUCACAGCACUGCAGCUUGAAGCUAAAGACAUGGUCAGGAUCCGGGGCAUCGUUGCCCGACACCUUCGCAUUGUCAGUGGACAGCUGUCCAAGGACACACAUGUGACCACGGAUGCCUUCCUCACCGAGUUGGGUUUUGACCCAAUUGCGCUCCUCUCGAAGGAAGCCACCGCCAAUCAGACCCGGUUCAAGGCCCUCGACCGGUCGCUCCAGCUCGAUAGGGUUGCACAGUGGCAUGUCAUCCUUCAGGCCGCUUUCGCACAGCCGCCCGUCGCUGCACCACAGGCUGCUACACAGACGCCAGCAUCUGCCCCGGAUUCAGGUGCCACUCAGGCUGCUACGACACUUCAAGAGGUCUGCUUCAGCGCCAUCGGGUACGUGCACAUGGACGAGGAAGUCGCCCAGCUUUGGACCCUGUGCCACAUGAUGAUCCGCUUGAUGGUACGGCACGAGGACUCGAUCAAGACCCUCAUGCUGGACACAUCCUUCGUCAUCUGGAUGCGCACAGGCUUGCCGGGCGGAGUCCCGGAGGCCCUGUUUGCGGUGGCGACCAAGUGGAAGGCCGAUCGGGAGACCACUCCUCCCACAUCCCCGCUGCGGCUCACCCUGUGGAUGUGUGUGUGGCGCGAGUUUCUGCAGCGACUGCAACCGGCUCGCAUGACACAGGAGAUCCAAACCAACAUGAAGAAGCUCGGCUUUCUCACAGACGAGGGCAAAUGGAACUUCCUUCGGUGGGACCCGGAUCAGGCCAAGCUGAUCCCGGACACCACUCGCCCACCUUUGACGGCGGCGGCCGCGAUCGAGCUGGUGGAGAGUGUGAUCCGAUUGGCGACGGACUCCCAGCUGCUGACUCGGUUUGCCCCCACCAGGCCUCUGGCAUCGGAACUCAAGGGCCCAUCGAUCACCUUCCUGGCGUCGGUGUCCAAUCGCACCACACCGAGCGAUCAAAUGCACGCCUCCCUCGCGGAGCUCUGCGGCAGCGCUUGCUGCCAGGUGAUCGGCAUGUCCAUCAAACCCGAACGAUUGACGAGGUCCCCUCUUGCUCAACAGAUCUACAAGUUCCUGCCUGUCGACGACGCAGUCCAGCUGAGGAUGCGCCUCACCAACGGCUCCAACCUCUGCUAUGCGAACGCCUCACUGGCAGCCUUGCUUUGGCUUGCAUACUACGACGGCAACCUUUUAGCCUGUGGAGCCUGCUUGGUUGGCAACAGAUUGUGGCAAGCCCGCGACUCCCAUGAUCAGGUGCGGGAUUCGGGAGACACCUGUCCACUUCUUUUGACCGCCCCGGCGCAUGCUCUGCUGCAGACGCCAGAAUGCCUGAUCCUGCAGCUUGCGCGGUUCGAUGUUGACGAUGCUGAUGCCCAGAAGGUUUUAGAUAGGGUGCAUCAGAACGAGUUGGUGAUUAACGGGGUUGCCGGAGAAGAGAACGUCAGUGAUCUCCUCACCAAGAACCUCAACAGGCCCCAGACCUUGAAACACACAACGACCUUAGGAUUGGAAGACGUCCACCAGGUUGACCUUUGUGCUGUGCCGGUGGUUCGCUCGUGUGUGUUCCUUACAGGGCUGUUGAAUUCGAUCUUUGACAACACAGAACUUGAGUCGGAAAGGUUCUUGGGCCUCUGUGAGCUCCCAACAUCGUACGGAACCCUGUUCAUUGAGUUUUGUACCGAUCCGCAAUCUAGCUUUGUGACCACGGGGUGUGACUACUCUGUCUUUGUUCUGCCGGUGACUGUGGAAGUAGAUGGGACUUCACCUGAGACCGUGGAGCGGCUCAUGUCAGCCAUGGAUGUUGCCAGGAGCUGGGGAAUGAAGGUUGUUCUUUGGAGCAGCACGCCUUGUACCGGGGGUAGCCCUUGGCAAAGAAAGCACUUGCACCACAACCCCCAACACCAAGAGCACUUGCAGGCCCUGUUCACAGUGCACAGAAAGCUUUGGAAGUCGUGGUUGAAACUGAACACCCACCCACAAGUGAGUGUCUGGGUGAUGGAGUGGCCACAAAGAUGCAGCUAUUGGGGCUGGCAGUCUACGAAGAGCUUCCUGCGGAGCAGAAGCCACCACGAAGGGCUUGUGCAUGGGUGCAUGGCAGGCAUGGUAGGUCAAGAUAAUCUUUUGGUGAAGAAAACAUGGAAGCUUGUUUCUAACGAUGCGGAUUUCAUUCAACACAUGUCUCGAAACUUUGCAUGUGAUGGUAGCCACGAUCAUUCACAAAUGUUUGACCUUAAAGCUACACAACACUAUCCGAGAGCCUUCGCAGAGACUGCUUUGGCCACGCUACGGCUCGGAUGA